UUAAAAUUUAAUUGGGUAUCCUGUAUUUUAUCUGGCAACCUUACCACUUGGGGAAUUUGUACUUCUUGUGCCACAAUUCUUGGCUCUGUGGGUUCCCAAAUGGGGGAUAUUUUCAUCAGGGUUCACAAGAAGAGUUCCAUUUAACUAUAAACUAUGACCACCACUAUGGUAAUUCUAUUUCUUGUGCCAAGGCACCAGCAAGCAAGAAGAGGAGUUACCAUCUUGUCAGGAGUGAUUGACCCUGAUCACCUAGAAGAGGGUCUGCCUCCCAAGUAAAUGAAACUGUGAAAAGCAGCAACAGAGGACAGAGGACAAAGAAAUAGAUCCAUAUUUUCCACCUCAAAAAAUGAGUGAAUAUGUAAUGGACCCUCAUAUUGUAGAUGGGUUAAUACAAGAUAAACCCUACAGACCGAGAAAUAUAAAUAGAAAGGGAAAAGCAGUGGCUUUUUCACCAAAAGAAUAUAAUUCACCAUCUUUCAGACCAGAAUAUAUAGAAUUCAAACCAAAAUUUCAGUUUCAGAAAGUCAACAAGAACGGUUUUGAUCCUUUUCUAAGGAAUAUAAACAAAAUGUCAGUCAAUAAAAGAAAAGAUCAAGAUAUAUACAAACGUAGAAACAUUUUAGGUGCAGAGGUUAUAGAGCACGAAGACCAGGAUCCUCCUUAUCCAGCACAAUCAAAAACUGCAGGACCUGCUAAUAAAACCUGGGCCCAUGACCCUAAUAUCUUCACAACAAAGACGUCAGAAACUGAGAAUAAGUUAGCCCCUGACCCUACUAUCAAUACGAUAAAGGGUGUAGAUGCAAAGAAUAAUUUAAAAGAAAAUCUACCAAAUGUAUCUUUACCAAGUUUCAAAGGAGAAUCAUCAAGGGCUGGAAAUGUACAUGCAAAUACAUGUCCCCUCUCAAAGUCUUUAAAUUUUACCCCCCAGAUAGAAUAUUUAAAACAAUCAAUGAUACUCAAGUCAGUUUUAAGUAAAAAUCUGCAAGACCUUUCAGACAAAUUAUUUUCUAAACCAGAAGUUAGUAUGAACAGUGAAGCAAGAGAGGAAAGUAGUUCUCUACUUAUAAGCAUUCAUGAUAAAUCAUCAAGUAGUAUGGAAGACAACGUAUUGGGAAAAAAACAAGAUUUAAACAACUGGCUUUCAGAAAAAGACAUUUUAAAUUCAAAGACUAUUUUAAGUCAAAUAAUUAAAAAUAUUCCUGUGGAUUUAUUUUCAGAAGGUAGUCAAAUAACUGAAAAUAUUCCUGCAGAUUCACUUUCAGAAGGUGGUCAAGUAAUUAAAAAUAUUCCUGAAUAUUCACUUUCAGAACAGGGUCAGAUAAUUAAAAAUAUUCCUGCAGAUUCCUUUUCAGAAGGUGGACCAGGACAAUCUCCGGAGGUUCAAGUGGCACUGUACAUGACUACAUUAUAA